ACUCUAGUCCACUACUACUAGUAGCCCCCUUUCUCUCUCAUCUCUGCUCUUACGGUCUUACCUCAGAUCAGAUCAAAUUUUAGGGCUAAACCAUUCAAAUUGGUUUGGAUCUGAGAUUUCCUCACCUUUCAAUUAGGGCUAGCUGAAUUCAGAUUCUCUGAAUUUAGAGCGUGUAAAUGGAAGAAGGUAAACGGAGGAUUUUUCUGCAAUUUGGAUUUCUGCUCUUGAUCGGUUGCUUUGCUUCCCAGCUCCUCCUAGCUUCUUCUGAUCCGAUCUUUUACGAGUCGUUCGAUGAAUCCUUUGAGGGGAGUUGGAUCGUGUCCGAGAAAGAGGAUUACAAAGGUGUAUGGAAACAUGCCAAGAGUGAGGGACACGAUGACCAUGGGCUUCUCGUGAGCGAGAAGGUCAGGAAGUAUGCUAUUGUGAAAGAGCUAGAUGAGCCUGUGAAGCUCAAGGAUGGAACUAUUGUCCUUCAGUUUGAAACUCGCUUCCAGAAUGGGCUUGAGUGUGGUGGUGCAUAUUUGAAAUAUCUUCGUCCUCAGGAUGCUGGAUGGACUGCUAAGGGGUUUGACAAUGAGUCCCCCUACUCUAUCAUGUUUGGACCUGAUAAAUGUGGGGCUACAAACAAGGUCCACUUUAUUCUAAAGCAUAAGAACCCCAAGACUGGAGAAUACGUUGAACACCACCUCAAGUACACACCCUCUGUACCAUCCGACAAGCUGACCCACGUUUAUACUGCCAUUCUGGAACCUAACAGUGAUAUACGGAUCCUUAUUGACGGUGAAGAGAAAAAGAAGGGUAAUUUCCUCUCUAGUGAGGAUUUUGCGCCAGCACUUAUUCCUGCUAAAACCAUUCCUGACCCAGAUGAUAAGAAGCCUGAGGAUUGGGAUGAGAGGGCCAAUAUUCCGGACCCAGAUGCAGUAAAACCAGAAGACUGGGAUGAGGAUGCACCAAUGGAAAUUGAAGACGAGGAAGCGGAAAAACCAGAAGGGUGGUUAGAUGACGAGCCAGAAGAGAUUGAUGAUCCUGAGGCAACAAAGCCAGAAGAUUGGGAUGACGAGGAAGAUGGUGAAUGGGAGGCUCCAAAGAUUGACAACCCUAAUUGUGAGACGGCUCCUGGUUGUGGUGAGUGGAAGAGGCCAACAAAGGCGAACCCAGCUUACAAGGGAAAAUGGCAUGCCCCACUUAUCGACAACCCUAAUUACAAGGGUAUCUGGAAGCCGCAGGAGAUUCCAAACCCUAGCUACUUCGAACUUGAGAGGCCUGAUUUUGAGCCCAUUGCUGCAAUUGGCAUAGAGAUUUGGACAAUGCAAGAUGGUGUCUUGUUUGACAACAUUUUAAUUGCUAGCGAUGAAAAGGUGGCAGAAUCGUACAGGGAGAAAGCUUGGAAACCUAAGUUCGAAGUGGAGAAGGAGAAUGAAAAGGCCGAGGAAGCAGCUGCUGCAUCUUCAGACGGUCUCAAAGGCUUCCAGAAGGCGGUGUUCGAUGUACUCUACCAGAUUGCGGACAUCUCUUUCUUGAGUGAGCACAAGUCUAAAAUCCUGGAACUCAUUGAGCAAGCCGAGAAACAUGCAAACCUGACCAUUGGUGUCAUCAUCUCCAUCAUAGUGGUUAUUUUCACUCUUCUAUUCAAGAUCCUUUUCGGCGGGAAGAAACCUGCAAAAGUGAGUUCAGAAACAUCCAACGCAGAAGAAGCUGAGACUUCAAACAAAGAGAAGGAAGAGGAGAUUGAGAAGGAAGAUACAGCUGCUGCUCCUCGUCGGAGGACUACCAGGCGUGAUACCUAGAGAGAGAGAGAGAGAGAGAGAGAGAGAGAGAGAGAGAGAGAGGUGAUAGUGGUGACUUGUUAGCAUUGCUUAUCGUAGGUUUCGAGCUAGAUGCUGAAUUUUUUACCGAAUUUCCAUAAAUUUUUCAGGUUUGCUUCUUUAAAACAGUUUAUGUAUGAGAAUGUAAAUGAGACGAUCUGAAUUUGGUCGGACAUUGCUUUUCCUGCUCCAAAUGAAAGAUGGAUCCAGGAAUUGAAGAUUUUUGAAGUUUAUCCACGAUGGAUAUGGCAGUUGGAAAGUUGAAACAAA